AUUCAUCUAUGGUGCAUUGGGUCAAUUUAUAAUUGGCUGAAUUGAACUGCAUGGUGUUGAAUUAUUAGUUUAUGACACUUAUGAAAAAAUAUCCAUUAUAUAUGCUACAUUCUAUAUACCAUAUAUUUGUCCUUUUUUAUUUAUGGUACUCUAUAUUUAGUAUAUCGAGGCAGUAAAAUAAUCAGUGUAUAAGCAAUAACUCAUUCUCUCUUUAAAAAAUAUUAUUUCAUUUAAUUAUAUAAAUCAUUAUUUUCUAUGUCAAACAUUUGUAUGCGUCUUAUGUGACAUGUUUUAUAGGUAUAAUAUAAGUGUCAACAUGGUACCAUAUGGUUAGUUACUGUGUAACUGAAGCACAAAUAUUUACAUUAAUUUUCCCUUUAUGUAUAUUUUUAUAUAUUGUCUUUCUAGUGACAUCAGUGAUUCAUCUGAAGAUGUCUCUGCUGGCUCUGGCCCAGAAAGGGGAUUACAAAUGGAAGUUGGAAAUAUGGAUGAACAUGGAGGCAACACAUGUGACAGUGAGCUACUACAGCAUAUGAAUGCUCAACAAGAAGAAUAUGACGGCGCAGAGCAAUAUAUAGCAGGGGAUGGCCACGAACAUGGACAGCCUGGCUUUCGUCAGGAGAAGCUGUUUGAUGAAAAGCACUUUGACGCCAACAACCCUGUCUUUGAAGGAGCUGAUGUUUCAAAGGGACAACUGCUAGCGAUGCUGAUGGGGUUGUGCCUAAGGCACGGAUUAUCUGGUGUUGCCAUGAAAGACCUUCUCGAUUUGUUUAAUACCGUCAUUCCAGGAUGUGUUCCCUCAAGCAAGUGGUACUUGGACAAAGCUUUCUUCAAUCUGUCCGACAAGGCAGAGUUGCAUUUCUAUUGCACGGACUGUGUAGGAUACAUCGGCAAAGGACCAGACUACCAUUGUGAAACUUGCCUGAAGCAUUGGCACAAGGAGGAACUUCUCAAAUCUGCAAGUUACUUUCUGGUGAUGCCUUUAGCCGAUCAGCUCAAAAACAUCUUGCCACAGUCGGCACUGCGGGGCCACUUUCGACAUGAUGAGAGUGUAGGAGACAUAAACACAGGAAAGCUAUACCAAGAUCAGGGUGAUUUUAUCGACAAUCCGGACAAUGUCACCAUAUCUUUCAAUUGUGACGGCGUUCCCGUCACAAAUCUUUUUUGUGACGUUUUCAAAUCUUCGCAAGUGUGA